GAAAACAGGGCUUCACUCCACAAGGAAACAAUUUGUGGCUGUUUAUACAAACUCUGAGAAUAACCUCAUGCAAGCCACCAGCAGUUUCCAUAUCAGGAUGAAUUGAGUAUUGUGAAUCUGUUGUUCUCAUUCAGAAAUGUGACAGUUUUUCUGAGAAAAAUUGGCUUCCUGAAGCGUACUCCGAGAAAAGCACUUCCUGCAGUUUAUUUUGAAUAUUUCUACAAAGCAUAUCGGGGCAAAGUUCUCUUAUUCCAAAAUCCUUUCUGAAGGGUUGCUUUUCAGUUCACAAGUGUCUAAGAUUCAUCAAUUCGGAGACACACCUGAUUCAAGAUGUACCUGAAGCUGACUAUAAUUCUCUGUGCUGUAAUAGUGCUGCUUCAUAUCAUUGACACAACAGUGGGGCAAGCCAUUGGGGAUGAUGUUGCCAAACAGUAUGGUCAGAUCGGAGCAAGUGUCACACUCACCUGUGACAACACAGAUAAUGGAGCAGUUGAAUGGAAGCUGAAUGAUUCAAAAAUCAUUCAGACCAGAAAUGUGGAACUAACAAGAACAAAACUCAUUCUCUUCAACAUCAAUGUGUCCCAAGAAGGGCAAUACAGAUGUCACAAUCCAGAGUCAGGCAAAAUUUACAGAACAAUCUCUUUGAUGUUAGGCUAUCCACCCGGAAAGCCUCAGGUCACCUGUCAGUCAGUGAGAUAUCCUCUGAAUGUGGUCUGCUUGUGGAAACUGGAAAACCAAACCUACCUUCCCACAUGGAUCAAUGCCUCAUACAGAUAUGGAGUUGAAGAUGUCAAGCAGUGUUCAACUGCCGAGGAAUUGCAAGGCAUCUGCACAAUCGAAGGCAUCCAACUCUUCUCAAAGAUUCCCUACACAAUGAAGGUGACAGCAACGAACCCUCUAGGAUCCAGAUCGACUAUUACACAAUUUAUUGUGGAGAAGAUAAUCAAGCCAGAUCCACCGACAGAAGUCAACAUUUCUCCAAUACCCAACCAACCAAAGAAAUUAUUGUUGCAAUGGAAGCCGCCUGUCACAUGGCCUGAUCCCAAUCUGUUUCUGUUGAAGUACAGAAUAAUGUACUGGCCCAAGGGAUCAACCAGAUAUCAGAUGAUUGAGAUCAAUGAUCAAACCAGCUAUAUCCUGAGUGGCCUGCGAUCCAGAGCUGUAUACUUUGUAAAAAUUGCAGCUAAGGAUUUUGUUGACAAUGGCAUGUUCAGCGAUUGGAGUCCAACUGUUUCUGCACGCCUGUGGUCAAACUGAGGGAUGAAACUGUCUGUGCACUGAUGCCUCUGAAGUUAAAAUUGACAACAAACGUGAUAAUUCUCAUGAACUUCCAUCAAAAGAGCAGGAACAACAGAUAAAACACCUCACUGAAAUAGAAUUAAACACUGCACAUAGCCCUCAUGCUUUUUAUGAUUGCAAAUUUUUUCAUUGCAAAUCUUUUCUUAAAUUGUGUAAAAUAUAUAAUCUGUUAUUUUUGAUACAAUCGCUCAGUGGUUAUGUUACUAGAGGUUUAGACUAAUACUUGGAAGCAUAAAUUCAAAGCAUAGAUGCUGGAAAAUUUAAAUUUAGUAAGUGAGUAAAUCUAGAAUAAAAAGCUUGCAUCAACAAUGACAACUGUCAGAUUACCAGAUUAUUUUAAAAACCUGUCCGAUUCACUAUUAACCUUUAGCGAAGGAAAUCUGUGGUCCUUCCAUAGUCUAACUUACACACGAGGUGAAAGUGAGAGCUGCAGAUUCAAGAGUGUGGUGCUGGAAAAGCAUAGCAGGUCAGGCAGCAUCUGAAGAGCAGGGAAGUGGAUGUUUCGGGCAUAAGCCCUUCAUCAGGAGUUGACACAUGACUCCAGAUCUAAGGCAAUGUGGUUGCCUCUUAGCUGCUCUCUGAAGUAGCAGAGCAAGCUAUUCAUCUGUAUCAAUCCACUACAUCAAUGUUGUGUAACUUUAAGUCAAGUAGAUUCCAAGACGUUGAUCUAUGCACCAGAAGUGAUACAAAGACCAGUUGACCCUGCAUUGUCCUCCUCAUGAAGAUCUGGGAAUCUGUGCCAAAAUUGAAGGUGUUGUCCCACAGACAAGUGAAGUGACACUCUGGACAAAGUCAUACUAGCCAAAACAUAUCUUUCAGCCAAUAUCUCAGUCUCCUCAGUCAGCAUGCCUGGAAAUAUCUCAUUCCACCUACAGGACCAACUCACGAGCUAUGCCCAUAAGACCAUGAGAAAUGGGAACAGGAGUAGGCUGUUUGGCCCCUCGAGCCUGCUCAAUGAUUCAAUAGGAUUAUGGAUGAUCUGACAUUCCUGGUGUCCACUUUCCUGCCUUUUCCUCCUAACUGUUGAUUCCCUUACUGAUCAAUAAUCUAUCUUAGCCUUAAAUAUACACAAGGACUCUGCCCCACAGCUCUCUGUGACAAGGAGUUCCAAAGACUCACAACCCUCUGAGAGAAGAAAUACCUCCUCAUCUCAGUCUGAAAGUAAUGGCUCUUUAUUCUGAGACUAUACCCUCUGGUCCUAGACUUUUCCAUGAGGGGAAACAUCCUCUUAGCAUUUACCCUGGCAAGCCACUUAAGAAUCCUAUAUGUUUCAACCAGAUCACCUCUCACUUUCACUUCCAAACUCCAAUGAAUAGAGUCCCAUUCUGUUUAGCGUUUGCUCAUAAGACAACCUCUCCAUACGCAGGAGCAGAUCAUCCUAGCAAACCUUUUCGGAACUGUCUGGAAUGAAAUAAUAUCUUUCCUUUGAUAAGGGGAUCAAAACUGCUCAUAGUAUUCCAGAUGUAGUCUCACAGUUGCACAGUUGCAGUAAGACUUCUCUAUCCUUAUACUCCAACCUCCUUGAAAUAAGGGCCAAUGUUCCAUUAUACGUCUUCAUUACUUCCUCUUCCAAAGUGCUAGCUUUCUGUGUUUCAUGUACAAGUCCCUUUGUGUUGCAGCUUUCUGCAGUUUAUCUCCAUUUAAACAAUAUACUGUUUUUUUUGUUCUCCCUUCCAAAAUGAACUUCAUGUUUUCCCACAUUAUACUGCAAUUCCAUGCAUAUACGUUUUGCUCACGCAACCUAUCAAUUUCUCUCUAUAAGUUCUUUGUAUCCAUCUCACAAAUUGACCUUCCACCUAAAUUUGGGCCACCUGCAAAUUUGCCUACAAUACAUUUGCUUCCUGUCUCCAAGGCAUUAAUAUCUAUUGUAAACAGCCAUGGUCAUGGCAGAAUAAUGAUAUACAAAUUGGAAGCUGUGAUAUGAGGAAGUCAUUCAACAAUGACUCCAAAUACUAUGUAGUACAAGAAAUGAUGGGCAAAGAAACCUAACCCUAACCCACCUGUCUUAGAUGAUCAAUCAGUAUGACUUAAUGUUGAACAUGGAAGAGGCAUUAAGGGUAACAAGGGACAAAGUAAACUGUGGGCGGAGGACUCCAAUGUCAAUCACCAAGAGUGGCUUAAUGACAUUGCUGGUUGUGCUUGCCAAAAGAAAUGGACUGGAUCUGUUUCAGAUAGUGAGAAAGCUCACAUGAGGGAAAGGUUACUUCACCUUGUAUUCACCAACCUCCCCAUCUAAGUACUAGUAGGAGCAACUGCUGUGAAGUCCUCAUGGCGUCCAUGUGAAUACCUUACAAUGUGUUGUAUGACAGUACAACCAUACUGUUUUCCUUCUUAAUUACUUAUUGUUCCUGUAUGUUAACUAUCUGUGAUGCAUGUGUAAGAAUCCCUCUGAAUAUCAACAUCUCUCUGUCUCCCAAAUAUUAAAAACUACUUUGCUCCUGCAUGAAUAUGACCAAAUUGGUUAAUUUCAUAUUAUUCAAUCUCUCACAUUCUUGCCCUGUUCAAUAAUUGGUCUAUAAUGCUUGGCAGCCUGUACCUUCCCGCUAAGCUGCUUAUUGUUCACAAACUUGGAUACAUUAUACCUAGUCCCUUCACCUAAGCCAAUAACAUUGAUAAAUUGCUGAGGUCCAAUCACUGAUCUUUAUAACACUACUUUAGUUACAACCUGACAACCUUAAACAUGCCCUCAACUUUCUAUCCAUUAACUAAUCCUUAACCUGCAUGAAGAUAUUCCUCUCAAAUCCAUUAGCUCUGAUAUCAUGUAACCUUUCCUGUGGCUCCUUAGUGAAUGUCCUCUGAAAAUUAUGUUAAUUUAUAUUAUUUCAUGUUUCCUUGAAGUAAGAAGAUUGAGGGAUGAUCUGAUUGAGAUGUGUUUAACUGUAAAGAGAUUUAUUCAAAUAAAUAUGAAGAAUCGAUUUCCCACUGGCAGUGAAAUCCAGGCGGUGGAGUUGGUGGAGAAGGGGAGAAUUAUAAAUUAAAGUUGGGGGAGACAUAUAAUGUAUGUAUAAAUGAAAAUAUGAAUAUAAAUGUAAGUAUACGCAUCAAUUUAUCUAUUUGGUGGCGGUAUGCAGUACGGUUCUUUGUAAACAUUCAUGUCAGGUGCUGAAAAAUCAAGUAAAAAAACAGGUGAACUAUC